CGCAUAUCCGUUAGUGGUCCAGAGGGUACGUUCAGUCUCCGCCCCCUUCGUGAUGUCACACAUCUCUACCUAUUAGCAGCAGGCACAGGGUUCACACCAAUGGCUCGCCUCAUCCAACUGGCCCUUCAGGACCUUGACACCAUCAGGUGGGGCAUAUCAGAAGACUUAGACCGGGCAAAAGAUGCCACAGAAAAAACCAAGCUGCUCUUUUUUAACCGACGAGAGGAGGACAUUCUGUGGCGCUCUGAACUGGAUGAACUGGCUGCUAAUAAUGAGAGGUUUCAGGUGGAGUACGUCCUGUCUGAGCCCUGUGAAAGCUGGACCGAAAGGAAGGGUCGGGUGGAUGAGUCCAUGCUGAAGGAUUUCCUCAACAGGCCAGAUGGGUCAAAAUGCUAUGUGUGUGUUUGUGGCCCCACUGCCUUUACAGAGCUAACAACAGGGUUGUUGAAGCAGCAGGGCUUCAGUGAGGAAGAGCUCCAUGCCUUCCAGGGCUGAGGAGCUCUGCCCUGAUCCAACUCCACCCUGCAAAGACUGUGUAUGCCUGUGUGUGAGAGAGAGAGAGAGAGUCUAAUUUAAUUUAUAAACUUGUGUUUGUGAGAAAUGAAAGGAACAUUGUAUUUCUAUGCACCAAAAAUCUGAUGAUGCUGACAGCAGAUAACACACUCCAGUCUUUGAUUGGCUGAAUAGUAGAUCACUAAAUUACAGUGCAGUAAGAUUGUUAAGAUUGUGGAUAGUGUGGUCAGUGUCUGGAACAAAGUUAAUACAGUUCAUAGAGUUGAAACAUUGUAAAGAAAAGCAGCAAAAUAUAUUAAGAUAAAUGAAUGAGAUUAUGUAAACCGAUGAGGUAAAUGCAAUAUAAAAAGACGUUUAGCAUGAGCAGAUGAUCGUCUGCAGACACUCACAGAUCUUAAUGUUCCAGUUACAUGGAUGCAGUUUAAACCACUGCAGUGAAAUAAAAUGCAUUAUGGUGACAUUUUUAAAGGUUAGUCUCCCAUUCUUUAAGAGUGAGGCAAUUUUCACUCAGUUCUGAUUGGAGUCUUGACUCAAUCAAGUUUAAUUUAGAGUCUGAGUCACUUUGCAGAACAGAAAGGAAACGCAGUGAUAUAACUAGGGAUGGGUAUCGCCUUUAUGGUAUCGACCGAAACAGUCAAAGCAGUACUUCAAUCGAUACUUCUUGUAACCAGAUCGCGGCAAAACAUUACUAUUUCUAUGCUUUUGCUUGAGGCCAAACAGGCAAGCAACACACUGAAAGAAAGAGAAGAGCUCGCUUUUUAUUUUUCCUUUUGUGCCUGCACCAUAGACUGAAUAAAAAGGCCUGCACGCGCUCAGUCCGUGCGUGAUUUUAACAGCCGCUCACCUUCGGCGGCGUGUCAGGUUCGUCACUGCUGCAAGUUUAUCAGCACAAGCUCGGCUUUCCGUUGGUUUCGUCUUCUGGUAUCACUGAACACUUCUCUGUACAUUUUUCUUUGCUGUUCACAUCACUUGUCACCGUUCGAUCAGCUGAUUUUGCUCACGGAUCCUGCGGCUGCUUCAGGUGUAGCUGGUUUGAUCGGCUGGACGUGCAGCGUCUCUUCUGUUUGAGAGUCUUUAGUGUAGUUUAGUAACUUGUUUAAACAGACUCGUUUUAUACGACUCACCACUACAGGAAAAAGCGCUCGCAGAGAUCUUUCAAUUCAGUUUAUUGAUCGAAAGUUAACAAAAUAAUUUUCCUUUGUUUACUUUCAACACACAUACCAAAAAAUUACCUUAAAUUCGUUUUCCCCGUAUAAUACUAGCCGUGAGGAUGAACUAAUCAUGUUGAGGAGGAUCUGAUACAAUUUCCCAAUACUUUUAUUUAACAGUUAUUUGAAACAAAAAAAAAAAAUGGAUAACCUUGCUUGUCCAUAACAACGAUAAAAAAUAAUAGGCUACCAAUCAACUACUACGGCUUCAACAGGUGGCAUUUUAUGCAAGGUAUUGAAUGAAGUUCAAGCUCUGUUGGUAUCGGUAUUGUAAAAUUUUAAACGAUACCCAACCCUAGAUAUAACAUUGUACUAUAGUGCAGUACUGGUUCUGUAAACAAUGCAGAAUAUUUCAUAGUUUCCAAUCACACACUGAUGUCAUGUCUUAGUUAUCAGGAGGCGCCUUUCUCUGUUGAUGUAGUGUUGGCAUGGAAGUUCAUGCUGCUCAAGAGUGUGGGUGCACAGUUGGAAUGUAACUUUUCUGCAAAGACUGCCAUGAAGAGAAGACUGCCACGAAUUGAACACCUCUGCUAAAGGUUGCAAUGAUUCUUAGACCUUACAGAGGACUGGGACACAUCACUGAUAUAAUCUGGGAUCAUUGGGUGUUUCACAUCUUUCAACUUUAGACACCCUCGACCCAGCCAGGGUUGACCAGCCCAAUGUGUGUCCCCGCAGCACUACCCAUUAGAUCCCUCCUCCUGGUCAGAAGCCUCCGAUGUGUUCCUGAUACCUCCUCUCAGUGCAGCGUCUGUAACGUCCAGCAGCAUGAUGGCACUGCAGAGUGAGCAAAGUAAGGGAACUUGUCCUCACACUGCCAGUCAGUCACAGCAGUUAGUAGGCCUGUUGACACCCUGGACUGUAGCUGAGGCCGCUCACCAGCUCUCAUGAAUGCAUUGUGCUUCCUAGGUAGGCGGAGAGGUGCUUGCUGCUGUUGAUGGCUGAUGCAACACUGCUUUAGCACUUGGUGCCUGCAAAGCCUUUUCACAGGGCCGCAGCCGCUGCCUACGAAAAAAUACUAGGUGCUCGCUUUUGUAAAGGAAACUCCACGACAAUGCAAGGUGCUCUUGAAGUCAAAUUAUAGAAAAAGGGAAGCCCCUCGGCUUACUUCAGGCACAGAGCCAAGGAUGUAGUUAAAUCAAAGUUUAAAAACAAAAUACAAAUCAAGGAGAAGGCCGACCACUUUUGAUCCACACUGGGUCUUCCUCAGGGGGUGGCUGGAGUCAACCUGAGUGGCAAAGCAUGAUUCCUUAAAUAAACAAUUAGUGCUCAGGAGGCCAAAUUACACCAGCAUAUCACACAGUUUUCACAGGGCCUUCUGGCAGCUGCUCUGGAUAUACUUCAAGUUUAGAUUGGAUUGUCAGCUCCUCACUCUUGCCCAGUGCGUUGGGGUUAGACUGACACAUUAAAGCAUUCCAAAACAGCCCAGAUCACGAAGUUCUGCCUGCCAAAUGUCAGACGAAGACAUCCUCUCCUGCGCACUCAAGCCUCUUCGAUGCCUGCCUGCACUUCCUUCAGGACUGCUAGUUGUCUGUCCUGUGCAUCGGUAUGUGUGCGCCAAAACUACAGAUCGGUGUGGGUAAAACCUAGAUCAUGUCCGCUCCAAACGUCUGGCCGCCGUUGUCACUGCAAAACCUAUGUGGCAGUGUUGAUAGCUGAAGGGCCCAUUGGUUUAACACCUGUGCGUUAAUGAUGACGGGUGAAUCUGCUUUCCCAGUCUGCUUUAAAAGGCUCGUUUGUGCCACAGCUUAAUUCUUUUAGUCCUCUUUGUGAUGAAGAUGAAAACUGCUCCUGAGCCAAACAAAUGGCCACUGUUUUAAGGUGGAACUCUUCUGUUUUAUUCCAAAUAAACCGCACAAGGAUUUUACCUGGUAAAGACCCACAAGACACUGCGUACUAAGAGCAGAUAAUGUGCCUGUUUAGAGAAAGAGUAGCAAACAGCUGCUGUUUAGUUUUGCUAAUUUUCUUAUCAAGAAAUAAUUAAAGAAGCCCUUCUGUAACUUGGCAAGUCAAAAUAAAGCUGUGGUUCCUUCUGUUA